GUAAAUCAUAACUUGGGAGUUUCGUUUAGAUAGCACUAACUAUUGAUUGGCAUUCAAAUUACAUUGAAAAAUAUCGAUAAUUUUUAGGAUAAAGGCAUUGAGAAAAAGUAUCUUAGUCUUUGUCUUGUUGGAGGAGAAGAAACAGUAUUUGUUCGAAGGUCCGUUAGCUUUCAAAAUUUUGCAUGGAUACACAUAAAUGCAUGAAUCAAUGACGUUAUUUUCUCAUCGCAAAUGUAUUCUGUGGUAGAACAGCCGUGGCACUUAUUUUAAUAAUCCAGUCUCAAACCAAAAGACAAAGAAAAUGUAAGACAGGAGGGUUUCUUGAGAAGAAUGAGAAUGCAAAAUCUGGUUUAUAUGAUGCAAUUAUGAUGUUAAAUUGUUUUCAUUAUCGUUUCCACUAAAUGCUGUGGAGCACUAUGAGAAGGAAAUUUCUUCUGCAAGCCUUCGCCGUAAUGCGCAUGUGCAAUUUUCUCCUCGGUUCGGAUAAAUAGAUAGAAAAAUAGCCCUGAGUAAUUGAAAUUAGACUCGUCUCUCUAACAUUUUUAUGGUUUUGAUUUGACUUGAAAUUUCUCGGAAGCAUUCAGGAUUGGGAUGAAAUGGUUUCUAUUGCGUAAAACCUAGAGCACAUUCGCAUAUUUUCAUAGGCGAUGCCUGCAAUUUCUCGUCUUGGGAGAAUGUCGAGCGUACCGGAUCUAAUUUUCUACAAUUAAUUUUGUUUUAGCUGCAGAUUUAUGGCACUCGGAAUAUAUUACGUAUAGGAAUACUGAUAAUUUAACCAUUCUUUAGAAGAAGAAAUGGGGACCUGCGAGGAAAGAAUCCUCAUAGGAUAAAAAGUUUAAGGUACGUUUGUGGAAUCAAAUUAGAAUGCAGCAAGGUACCCAUAGCAAUCUAGUUCAAGAACCGAACGCAGGGGCGUACAUUUGAUCAAAUAUUGGGGGGGGGGCAAGCCUAUUGUUUUAAUAAGAUGAUGUCACAUUUCCCAUUGUUUUAGAACAAAAGACCAUUGUCCUCUAAAGUAUUGGGGGCGUUUGCCCCCCUCGCCCCCCCCCCCCAAGUGUCCGCCACUGACCGAACGCAACAUAUACACAGGAUUUUUCCUGCCAUAUUUUUAACAGCAGAUCAUAUAUUUUUUUCCUGAACCUCAGCCAUCUCAAUCAGGAAAAUAAUUGGUCUUUCUUGCUUUUUUGCGUCGUGCUGUUUUUUAGCCUCUAAAAUUUCGAGGUCGCUGCCUUUUGCUGGUCAGCUCUUACAAAAAAUCUCCGACGAUCAUGAAGAUUCAUUUCUUAGAUCUUUAACGACGGAAACAUCCCACAUGUUUGAACUAAGAAUCUGUUAUUCAUGACGAAAAUGUUUGGUAUUUUUUUACCGCACAAAGAAAAUUUUAAAGCUCAAUGUUAAAUACGCUAGUAUCACCGAUAAAAAAUCAGCAGUACGCGUUAUGCAUAAUGCAAUGCGUCAUCUCUCCAUCAUAUUGAUUUUUCAAGAAAGCUGAUUCUUUUGGUCGGUUUUGAGAAAUGAUCGGUUCGAAAAGCAGGGCUUCCAUGUUAUCUUAAGCUUAUAAUCUUGGAUGUUGCAGCCUACCUUGCGUGGACGAAAUUUAGAGCUUCAUGAACCACUCUGCGGUGGCGGUCUUGUAGCGGUUCUGAAUACUAUGCCGCGGUUUAAUUAUUGACAGAAUAAUCAAGAGGGGCGGGUAGCAGCAGAGGUGAAACCCUAGGUCCUGGACCCCAUGAAAAGUUUAAUAUCCGGAUAUAACAAUUCAUAUCUGAUAGUUGUUUCAAAUUUUACCACUUUUGCUUAAAGGCAAUCUGUCUCGUUGUGGAUUGGUUAAUGAGAACAAUAGCUGGAACAAUAGCCUAAACACGAUUCCAGCGCUCCGCCAUAUUUUUUACAAUGCGAUAAAUUAAAGGGGGACUGGAAACAAUAAAAAUCUCUUUGUUCUUAUAACCAAUCAACGUCGUGACAGAUUGCCUUUAACUUGCUAUUGACGGCCCUGAGCGUUUAUGGUUAUCACUCCAAAAGGCAUGUUAAAAAUUCCUUUUUUCUCAUGUUUUGAAGAGCUUCCACGAACAGUUUGAUUGUUCGUUUGAAGCUAACGUUUGUUUGUGAGCACUGCUCUUCCAUCUUUUCUUUCUUCCCUACUAUUUGCAUACCUUUUUGAGAAAGACAGCUUUGCUUAGCGAAAACCUGUUUUGUGCCGCCCAUAGAUUGCUCACAGUAUUUUCCUAUCCUUUUUUGUUACACGCUACCCACUAAGUUGAAAUUAUUUCUACCGUUAGGUUAUGCAAUCUGCUUUACUUUUACCUUUGUUAGCCUGGUUAAACGAGUUCUUCUUCAUUUAAACCAAUUUCCAAAGGCGCGUUUGUUCGCAUAGAUUCUACUCGAAAAAAUACUUCAACUUCUCCAAGAUUAGGAUAUAAAGCUCUAACAAAACGAUGACAGCAAAUAAAUCCCCCUUCCUCUAGAAUUCAAUCAACUUAUCUUGCUCUCGCAAUCUUUUCGUCCUUUUCGUCCUAGCUUCUUUUCGAACUCCUUCCCACUUCUUUCCACCCUCUCUCUGUCGGGGGUUCUGCCUAAAUUACAUGAAAAUACUAAUAAUAGAAUAAAAGUUGAGGGGGUUUCUAAGGGAGCUCUCACACCUCAAUCCAUCUGAAGUGUGGAGACUCCAACCCCGAUUUUGCGGUCACUAGGGCCGAGUCCCCUUAGGUCCAAGACUUCGAACACGAGGAGCUAAGAUGGCGAUCUCCAAUCAAUGAUACUAAGUUUCCAGUCUACUUGAGACAUUAAGCCAUUGUACGUGGAUAAUUCUUUAUUUGGAAGCACACGUGUUUCGAUCAGAUAGAAUACAUUCGGGUUCGUUUGAUAUUCAAUACAAACAGUGACUUAAGGUCACAGUUGCAUAAUCACGUGCUGCUUGCGUAACAUAUUAUUCCUGCAAACUUAAAUUCUAUGAAAAUAUACACCACAGCAGUUUUCUAGCCUCCUUUUCCGCUGUUACCUUAGCCCUAGCGCACACCCAUUUUCUCAUUUUCAUCGCUGUUACGCAUUUAUGCACUAUAUUACCAAGGGACGAACCACGCAUUCCAUAAGGACCCACCAUCGACUGCUGUGCACACAUUUCUGCAUGCAGAAUUGUAACCUCAAGUUGAAUUCGGCAUUGUUUAUUAUCUCGUUCCUUCACUUUGCUUGUUGUUUACUCGCAUUCAUAGAUUUUACUAAGCAUGGUACCCAGCUCAAAUGGCAGUGUUUCUCCAAAUCAUCUGCGUUUAGUAGCUGACUUAAUGUAACAGGUAAUGAAAAAAGCAUUGCAGGUGCUAUAUAAGUUGGUGUAUCAGGGGGGUCACUCACCUGUUUCAUGUCUCUCGACAACAAAUAAUCAAUCAUGUAUUAUUAUCAACGGAAAAUCGCAGUAAGGCACCAAUUUUUGAGCGGAAGAUGUCUUCAUAAACGGUGAAAUUACAUAGUGAAUAAAGGUUUGCCAUUAUGACAGCGGGGAGGAAAGCUUCUUGCGAAUCAGACUGUUUGUCGAUUGGCGAAUUCGAUCACGAUUCAAUAAUUUACCCGGAUGACAAUACGAAAUGCGGCUGGAACAAAUGCAAACCAGACUCACUGCAGAAGCUUAACACGCCGAAAUGGUUUUUAUUCUUUCUAGUCUGUUAUUCUGCUGCUCAAGGCAUGAUUGUACAAGGCUUCACAAAUGUAGGUCUAUCUACAUUGGAGAAGCAGUUUAAACUGAGUAGCAAAGAGUCCGGUACAAUUGUAGCAGCAAAGGAGAUAUCAUCCCUAUUGUUAAUAGCUUUUUUGAGUUAUUAUGGAAGUUUCGGACACAAGCCGAAGUAUUUGGCUGUCGGUGCUCUUGUUACGGCUUUGGGUAGCUUGUUGUACGUACUUCCCCAUUUGCUUAUAGGAAAGUACAUUCCAGAUAAAGACAUUAGUAUUUUUAAGAACAGGGACGUUUGUCUUGCAUUAUCAUCAGUAAACAGCACAUUAGAAACGGCACGAUGCCAUGUUUUGGGACAAUCAGAAUGGUACUAUAUGUUUACGUUCAUUUCUGCUAAACUGCUUCUAGGAGCCGGCACUGCUCCACUUUUUACACUAGGUGCCGCGUACAUCGAUGAAAAUGUCAAGCCAAAGGUUGCCCCGAUAUAUCUUGGUAUUUGGUAUGCUACGAUAUUUUUCGGACCAGGAAUUGGGUUUGUAGCUGGAGGAUCCUUGCUGGACGUUUACGUGGACCUCAUUCAGCCUGUGGGUCUCAAUCUUAGUCCGGACGACCCUAGAUGGAUCGGCGCCUGGUGGUUGGGUCAUUUUUGUGGAGGCCUGUUGAUUUUUGUCACCUCUUGCGCCCUGUUUGCUUAUCCUCGGCAUAUGCCUGGAGCCAGGGCCUUGCGAGAAAGAGCUAUUCGUGAAGGGAAAAUCCGACCAGAAGAUGCAAGGAUCCGCGGAAAGCUGAGAGAAAUGGCACCCGCAACCUUGAGUUUGUUGAGGAACCCGACCUACAUGUUUAACACCCUGGCAAUGGCUUGCUGCACUAACAUUGCGACCGGACUCGGACCUUUCAUUGUUAAGUACUUGCAGUCGCAUUUCGGUGCUUCCAACUCGAAAGCUGGUAUUUCAGUUGGCAUAACAUUGAUACCGGGUACUGCAGGUGGCAUUUUUAUUGGAAGUGUUCUUAUGAAGCGGCUAGAAGGCCGAGACUCGUGUCAGAUCGCUGCCAAAUAUUGCUUUGUUUUCCAGUUAUUUGCCGUCGGGAGCGUUGCUUCAUUUUUGAUUCCUGGAUGUGAACCGCCAAGACUUGCAGGGAUUCACCAGCCCUACUUUGGAAGUGAUCAGAUUGGAAACCUGACGUCAUCAUGCAAUGCCAGAUGCUCUUGUGAUGCGGUGCAGUUUUCACCUGUUUGUGGAGUCGACAAACUGUCUUACUUUGCACCAUGCCACGCUGGCUGCCACGCGAAACGGGACAUUCAUGGUUACACUGAUUGCGACUGCAUAAAUCCAAAACUGAAUGCAACACGAAUUUCUGUCAAUGAGCAAGCGACGUCAAAAAUGCCCCAAAUUAGCGUCCAAGUUGUUCCCGGUUUGUGUGACAGAGAGUGCAGAAGCAUGAUUCCGUUUCUGGUUGGCGCCCUUCUGAUAUUACUGUUGAGCUUCAUUAGUGCUAUACCGAGCAAAAUGGUUGUAAUGAGAUGUGUUCCUGAUAAUGAGAGAGCCUACGCCCUUGGGCUACAGUGGAUAUUUCUGAGUCUGCUUGGCUCACUGCCUGGGCCCGUGUUGUUUGGGCUUUUCAUUGACAAAUCAUGUGAUCUAUGGGAGAAAACAUGUUCUGGGACUGGCAACUGUCUCCAAUACAACAAUAUUAAGCUAAGCUACAUGUUGUUUGGCGCAACUUGCUUGUUUCAAGUGCUCUCAGCUGUCUUUUAUUUGCUGUCGUGGAAGCUCUACAAGCCACUACCGAAUUCAAUAAAGCUGCUGGAUGAUCCUAAACAAGAAGACGAAGAUGGCAGAAACUCAGUCACCGUCUCAAACAUAACAGAAGGUACCGUUGUUGAAGAUAUUGACAAUAAUAGCUAUUUCCCCAACGCAAUUUCGAUGGUCCAAUCGGGGCUGAUCAACUCAAAACCGGUCUUUAUUUAUGAAUCCGCUAUUUAGGAUUAUGACGAAGUUUUGAAAAACUUUGAGUUCUUGCACUGGGGCUUAAUGUUCACACCCUGAAAUACGCUGUUAGGUUCAGAUGGAUUCUUCAAAAAAUAUGCUGCUUUUAUUGUAAAUUUGAUAAACGCAAAGCUCAUGAAAAACAUUUGCAGCAUUCGAAUAUCCAUCUUUCCCCCUCUUCAUGUCUCCAUUUUAAGUCGAAUUUUGCAAAUGACCAGCCGUUGCUAGGGCUCCGACGACGAGGGACCAGGAUUUGGAGGCUUGCCUUAUUCAAAAUAUUAAUCCCUGGCCGUCGCAAAAUCAUCGUGAGUCCAAGAUUAUAUAGACAUAUUCAACUUGUAUCCCUCUCAACAAGUACCGUAAAAGAAAACGGAAAACUGAAGAAUAAUUUACACUUCCCUCACUCACACCCACUCAUGUCCUGUUUCGUUGGAAUCCGUGACCGUUUCAGACAGAUUCAAGCCUUUACCCCUCUCAACAUAAACCCUAGAAUCAUACCACUUUUGAACUACCGUUUAAGUGUCUUCCUGGCUGAGAGAGGGUUGUUGCUUUCCAAAUUGUAAUUCGUGGGUGUUGGAUUCGCAAAUUCAACUACUUUAUUUACCUGCUCACUGUGAGUCAGGUUUGCUACUAUGAUGCUGACGCAAGGCGCCAACGCAGUAGCUGCUUUUUUUGUUUUAUGCUUGUCAUAGGUAGCCAUGAUAAGAUUUGUAAUGCUCCUAUUCGGGUGUAAACAGACGCUCGAAUCAAAUUAAUUAAAAUAUAAGUUGAAUCAAAUGCGUAGUGUAUUUAAGGCUCAAUGUGUAUGCUUAUAUGUAUCGAGGAUUUAGAUAUUGAUAGGGUUUGUUUUGUUGUUUGGUUGUUUGGUCACUAGUUUGGGAGAGUGGCUGCCGUCCAGCUAAACGAGAAUAUGCUAUGUAAUGAAAGAAACGAUUUUUAUGAAACUAGAACUAAACGUAUUGCAACAUAAGGCCUGCCUGAACGCGUAUUUGGUUUGCUUUCAUUAAACUGGAGGGUUGGUGGAAAUAAUGUUUGCUCCAAUGAAAAACAAUAGACGAUAUCAAAAUGCUUUCCUGGAGUGUCACAAGCGAACGUUGUAUCACGUGGUGCCAGUCCUGUGCUGUAGGUCAUCGAUUUGCCCCAGGAACUCAUCAUAGUGCUUGCAUUUCUAAGCAAAUAUUUUAGAUUUCCUCAUAAUCUGGGUGAUUUACUGGCUGGAGUUACCACAAAUAACCCAGAUUUGCUCCUCUAUUGUUGCAUUCAGCCUUAAUCUUCAUUUCGGCUAGUAUUUCAAUAACAAGCAUUCACAGAAUUCCCCUAAUCAACCGAUAAAAUGUCAUCUACCUUUCGUCGGUGAGAUGUCUAGAGCAUCAUAAUAAUUCUGUGUAAAUCGAAGCACUACCGAGCUGUCUUUGGAGCUGGCCUCCAUCACAACUCGGUGCCAGUGCAGACAAUCGUUGGCAUUUGCUGGGAUCAAAUGUGUCUAUUGAUAUUUUGCCUCAAGGGAGGACUCUGAGGUAGAGAACACUAAAAAAUGAUGAUCUGUAGAAAUUAGAGGCAAAGUGGGCUAGUUACCCUUUGUCUACCCCCAGCUCUUUAGAAAGAGAAUCAUAUUCUAAUGGAUUGAAAAAUAUUCUAUAUAGUGACCCGCUAGCAAAUAAUUAGGGUUAAAGCCCCCAAUAACCCCUCCCCGUUGAUGACACCCACGCGUCUCAGGCCUUAUGUCGAUUAUAGCAUCCGACCGUCGUUUUAAAUGACAAGACUACCGUUUUACGGAAUUUGUUUGCAACGUGAUUUGUAGAAAAUCAGAUUCAUUACUUAGUUGUAGGUAUCACUGAUACAGUGUCGCCAUAGCUGCUGCAUAUUUUCUUUUUGUAUAUAAUUUCAACCGUCCUAUGUAACUAGGCGUUAAAAAAAGAUUUUGUGUUCUUUUCGUACUGUAGAAAACCUGAGUUUGAAUUUUACAAAUAGUUCCAUAAUAAUUUUUUGUGAGCAUUGUAUAUUAUGUAAAGAUUGAACUUCAGUUGAGAAUACGA